CGACACCCUAGUGAAGUCACUAAAUAAAGUCGAAAGACUCUAACUCUAGCAGAGAAAAUAGCAGUUCUUUACGCGCCACUCAAUGAGCGACACUGUUGACAGCUCUAGGAACCACCAUAAACUCUAUACAAACUUACAAAGAGUCUAGCGCCAAACCUCCAAAGAACCUUCUAGGACACCUUGCCGGAUCUGAUUUAUGACCACCUCAGUCAGAAUCACCUUCCACUAUCACAUGAGUCAAGGAUCUCGACGCAACGAUGGCGAUAACAUCUCUUACUGCUAAGAGCUCUGCUAGGUAGGGGUUGACUACUCCAUGAUGACGCAUACUGGCUGCCAACCUCACAUGCUAGAUCUAAUUGACAACCACCUCGAAAUCACCUUCCACUAUCACGUGAGUCAACAAUGACCCGGAUUGAUGGAGCUUACGGAUUACUAAUGUUUUCAUACUCCUACAAAAGUCAUAUGCGAAAGGGUUUUUGUGUGUGCGUGUGUUUUUCUUGUUUGGUGUAACUGGAUUUUGUGUUUUGAUAUAAUAAUUGUAACAUCUCUAACCUUUUCCCGACAAAGUGUGUUUUUCUUGUUUGGUGUAACUGGAUUUUGUGUUUUGAUAUAAUAAUUGUAACAUCCCGAACCUUUUCCCGACAAAGAUAUUGUCCGAUUUGGGUCUCGACCCUCACGGUUUUUGACCUGGGUGCAAUUCAAGGUGACAUCUCAUAAGGUCACCCAUCCUUGUUGUACUCCACACUGAGCACGUUUAACUUCGGAGUUCUCACAAGAACUCCUCCAUUUCACCCCAAAACGCGUCUCGUCAGUUAAGGUCGGUUUCUUACUUAUGAACCAUGGAUCUCUCCCGUACUUUUGUCGCUGUGGGAUUCGCCUAACGUGUUACAUACCCCCCCUCCCCCCCCGGGACUCAACGCCCUCGUUGAGGUUUGCCCCACCAUCGUUCAAGAGGGACGCGGAGAGGCUCUGAUACCACUUGUAACAUCCCGAACCUUUUCUCGACAAGCUAUUGUCCGCUUUGGGCCUCUACACCCGCACGGAUUUCGACUUGGGGUGCAAUUCAGGGUGACUUCCCAUAAGGUCACCCAUCCUUGCAGUGCUCCACCCUGAGCACGUUUAACUUCAGAUUUCUCACAAUAUCUUCUCCAUUUCACCACAAAACGCGUCUUGUCAGUUAAGGUCGGUUUCUUACUUAUGAACCAUGGAUCUCUCAUGUGCUUUUGUCGAUGUGGGAUGCGCCUAAGGUGUUACAUACCUCCCCCCCCCCCCCCCCCCCCCCCCCCCCGCCGGGACUCAACGCCCUCGUUGAGGUUUUCCCCACCAUCGUUCAAGAGGGACGCGGAGAGGCUCUCAUACCACUUGGAACAUCACGAACCUUUUCCCGAGCAAGAUAUUGUCCGCUUUGGUUUUUGACUUGGGGUGCAAUUCAAGGUGACUUCCCAUAAGGUCACCCAUCUUUGUUGUACUCCACACUGAGCACGUUUAUUUUCAAAGUUCUCACAAGAACUCCUUCAUUUCACCCCAAAGCGCGUCUUGUCAGUUAAAGUCGGUUUCCUACUUAUGAACCAUGGAUCUCUCUCGUGCUUUGUCGAUAUAGGAUUUGCCUAAGGUGUUACAUACACCCCUACCCCUUGGGACUCAAUGCCCUCGUUGAGGUUUGCCCCACCAUCGUUCAAGAGGGACGCGGAGAGGCUCUGAUACCACUGGUAACAUCCUGAACCUUUUCUCAGCGAAGAUAUUGUCCUCAUUGGGCCUCGACCCUCACGGUUUUCGACCUGGGGUGCAAUUCAAGGUGACAUCUCAUAAGGUCACACAUCCUUGUUGUACUCCACACAGAGCACGCUUAACUUUGAAGUUCUCACAAGAACUACUCCAUUUCACCCCAAAACGUGUCUCGUCAGUUAAGAUCGGUUUCUUACUUAUGAACCAUAUAUCUCUCCCAUGCUUUUGUCGAUGUGGAAUUCGCCUAACGUGUUACAAUAAUGGUUUGGAAUGUUUUUUUUUUAUAUUUCGGGAGAAAAAAAAGGAUGUGUUUUUUUUUUGAGAAAAAAGAAUGUGUUUAUUUUUGUGAGAAAAAAUAAUGUGUUUAUUUCAUAAUUAUGGGGUUGAAAGAGAAAUAAAAAUAAACAAAUGACAAUUGAAUAAUUUUAACGAGAUUUAGAGGGAUGGAUAAAAAUAAUUAUGAAUAAGAAUUUUAGGGAGUUGAAUAUCAUGAUCCUAAAAGAAAAUAAUUAUGGGUGCUAAUAUUCCCCCAAAACUGAAGGUGUUCGUCUGGCAGAUCUUCCAUAGAAUUUUACCUACCACGGAGACCCUGAUUGAGAAGAAGUUUGCAGUGUUACCUAGGUUCCUUGUGUGUUGGGCAGCAUCAGAGACUUUGGAACACCUUUUUUCUGGACUGUCCGGUUGCUCGUGCCCUUCGGGAUCAUUCUGGGCUAGCUCACCUUGGCGAAGGGUUGCCUCGUCACACUUUCCCUCUCUUUCUGAAGAAAUUAUUGGCUUUGGUUCAUCAGCCAAUUGUGUUCAUGUCGGUUGAUGUCGUCCUCUAGCGAAUCUGGCGCUCUCGAAACUGGGUUGUCUUUGACGACAAACAGUUUGGGAUUCCCGCUUUGAUGCGGCAGUUCAACCAGCAAGUUCAGGAAUGGGUUAAUCUACCAAAGGAGUGCGUCUCAUUCGGCAGGUGGGAUGGUCCACAUGACUCCAGCUAGAGAGGUUCUGUUGGUGAAGGGGGUCCAAUUUCCGGAGGUGGAUGACCUCAUGGUGGUUGAGAUGCUUGUUCUCCGUGAGGCUACCGCAUGGUGUGUGGGUAAUGGCUUUUCUUCAGUUAGGUUUGAAGGUGAUGCCCUUAUCAUAGAAAAGAUCCUCAGGAGGGAUACAUCAUACAAGGGAUAACCGAGUGGGGUCGAUGCUUGAAGAAGUCGUCCAGUCCUUUGACAUGAAUAUGGGCUUUAGUGUAUGAUUUGUAGGUCGGCGUAACAAUAGGGUAGCUCAUUUGGUAGCUAGGAAGACCCUUUCUUUGUAUCCGACUAUGAGUCGUUUAUUUGAUUUUCAGGCCUGGCUGAACUCCAGGGUUUAACUAUCUAUUUGUUCGAUAUUAUAUUUUGUAAAAAAAAAAAGAAAAUAAAAUGUGAAGUUGCAAGAAGUGAGACAAAUCCCAAAAUCCCGCCAAAUUCUCAAAUCUGUUCCCAAAGCCCUAAUUUUGUCGAGAACCCGAAUCGCAAAAGAGAGGGGGCCAGAUUUCAAAAGCCAUAUCAAAGCCGUCUUCAGUCUUGAUCGGUCACUGGCCGCUUGAGCAGUCAAGUCAGCAGCUGAAGAAAAUCGCAGAAUGGAAGACGAUGAUGAAUGGGGUUUUAGCGCCGAAGAACUGGACGCCCUUGAGAGAGAUGCUAUCCAGAAGAUCGCUCAGCAGCAGCAGCGGCGACUUCAAUUGUCUGCUAGUUCACUUGCUACCUCUUCCUUUUCUUCCGCCAGUCAAAACCCACCAAGAAAUUGCGUCAACAGUGAACCCUCCCCCGCUACUCCUGGUGAAACCUUCAAGGGACUCCCGCCUACGCUCUCGGUAAAAUUCAUGCUUCAUGCUAGUGGAAAUAUUGCAGUUAGAUUUCCAUAUAAUACGGUACUGGUUGAUGCGGUGCGCAAGGUGCCUAAAGCCAGUUGGAGUGCGAAAGAAAGAUUGUGGAUCUUCCCAACAGCUUCAUUGCUGUUAGCUGAAAGAGCUAUGAGAGAAAUCCCGUCUGGUUUAAUUGUUGUUGAGGUUGAAGAAUUAGAUCCCUUGGUGCGGCGUGCUAUUGUUGCUGCUUCCACGGUUACGGAUCUUCUUCAUUGGUAUGACAGGAUGCCUGACUGUAUAGAAUCAAAGCUUAUGCCUUUUCAGCGGGAUGGUGUCAGGUUUAUAUUGCAGCAUGGUGGGCGUGUUCUCUUAGCAGAUGAAAUGGGGCUUGGGAAGACAUUACAAGCGAUCGCUGCAGCUGCUUGCGUUCGUGAUUCUUGGCCUGUUCUAGUUCUUUCUCCUUCGUCAUUGCGAUUGCAGUGGGCUACAAUGAUUCAACAAUGGCUCAAUAUCCCUUCAUCAGACAUAGUUGUUGUUUUGUCACAGUGGAGUGGGUCAAACAGAGGUGGCUUCUCUCUAGUAUCCUCAGCCAAGGGUACCCCAAGUCUUGAUGGCUUAUUCAAUAUUGUGUCUUACGAUGUUGUGCCAAAGUUGCAAAGCGUUCUAAUGGCUUCUGAAUUUAAGGUUGUAAUUGCGGAUGAAUCACACUUCCUGAAAAAUGCUAAAGCAAACAGGACAACUGCAUCGCUCCCCGUUAUAAAGAAAGCCCAGUAUGCAAUGUUGCUUAGUGGAACUCCUGCAUUGUCCAGGCCUAUAGAGCUGUUCAAGCAGCUUGAAGCUUUGUAUCCUGAUGUAUACAAGAAUGUUCAUGAAUAUGGUAACCGUUACUGUAAAGGGGGGAGUUUUGGAGCGUAUCAAGGUGCCAGCAACCAUGAAGAAUUGCACAACUUGAUGAAGACGACAGUGAUGAUUCGUAGGCUUAAAAGGGAUGUCCUUUCUGAGCUUCCUCAGAAGCGUCGGCAGCAGGUCUUCCUAGAGUUAGCUGAAAAGGACCUGAAAACUAUCAAAGCAUUGUUUCGUGAGUUGGAAGUGAUCAAAAGCAAAAUUAAGUCAUGCACAUCAGAAGAUGAGGUUGCAUCAUUGAAAUUUGCUCAGAAGAAUCUUAUCAGUAAGAUAUAUACAGUUUCUGCUGAAGUGAAGGUCCCUGCAGUUCUUGAUUAUUUGGCUACUUUUGUUGAGGCAGGCUGCAAGUUUCUCAUAUUUGCUCACCAUCGACAAAUGAUUGAUUCAAUACACGAGUUUUUGCUGAAGAAGAAAGUAGGUUGCAUCCGAGUUGAUGGUGGAACCCCGGCCGCUGAUAGGCAAGGACUGGUAACUGAUUUCCAGGAAAAUGAUGCUAUUAAGGCUGCAAUUCUAUCCAUCAAAGCAGGGGGUUUCGGAUUAACGCUAACAGCUGCUAGCACUGUUGUGUUUGCUGAAUUGGCUUGGACUCCAGGGGACUUGAUUCAAGCUGAAGAUCGCGCUCAUAGAAUUGGCCAGGUUUCUUCUGUCAAUAUAUAUUACCUGCUUGCAAGUGAUACUGUUGAUGACAUUAUAUGGGAUGUUGUGCAAAGCAAGUUGGAAAACUUGGGACAGAUGCUGGAUGGACAUGAAGAUAUGAUGGAAGUUGCAGCAGAAAACCUGGUGAUGGGCAGUGCCAGUUGCAGGCAUAUCCCCAAACCUACAAAAAGGCAGGAAACACUCGACUCCUUUGUGAUGAAGCGAUGUAGGAAAGCAGAUGAUGAUGAAGAAGAAGAAGGUGAAGAACAGCAGCAGUAUAAGCUCAAAUCCUCCAGGCCUCGAUGCAGUCAAUAACUAUGAACAGCUGCCUGUGGCUGGGUUGUAGCUGUAGCUGCAAGUGACAGCAGGGAUCGACGGAGAAGCAUUGGUGGGGUGAAGGACUGAAGACAUCAAUUAUGGGGCUUCUAUUGAAUCGAGAAGGGAUUCUGAAUGGGUGAUGGCUUCCCAUAUUCAAGCAUUCAUUAACUGAUGAAUCACUUAAUUUCGUACUCAAAUCCUAUGAAAUCAUUGCAAUUUCUGCAGCAUGAAAGGUUGGUGCCUAGUUAUAUAGCUGGCUGCUUGAUCAUAUUUCUCAUGAGUAAAUUUAAUUCAUGUCC